AUGAGAAGUCUAAUCUUCUCACUUCUCCUCGUCGGUGUCUACGGCGGUGCAUCGAACACCGUAAACACUUGGAAUGGAACUCUCUCUUACAUUGAAGAUUGGGGAUAUGUCAAGAUUCGUGACAACGCAAACACUUUCUGGUGGCUCUACUCCGUGCAACCGUCUAACAAUCGACCGCUUUUCCUUUGGCUCCAGGGAGGACCCGGCUCGUCAUCAUCUGGCUACGGUAAUCUCGAGGAACUCGGCCCAAAAGAUCUCGAUGGGAAAGAUCGAGCGAGUACUUGGCUUUUGGCGAAACUAGAUGAAGGUCGAGGAAUGCACUCGACGGUUGCCAACUCAAAAACAGCAAAAAUCGACGACGAUCUCUUGGCAAAUCCUCGUCAACUCCGAAAGCUUGUCUCCGUCUUUUACUUUGAUUAUCUCAUUUUUCAAUAUGCUCUCCCGAAAUCGAAGCAUCUUGUGAAUAUAAAUGAAUUCCUCGCUCAA